CAGUCUCGGGUCUACAGGCAGGUUGUGAACAACACAACGUAUAUCCCACUGAGAGCUCUCCCUACGCUAAUUUAAAUAUCUACUAACGAUGUCCAAGUAUAUGAGCUGCAUUCUAAUCGCUCUGCUUAUGUUGGCUGUGUGCAUUUUGACCAAAGCUGCGCCCUAUCAGGAGCUGGAGCCACGCAAGGGUCAUGUGCCAGUCUACAUACGCCAUGGGGAUGAGGCUCUCAGCAAUAUACAUCCCGGCCUGGCGGAGGCCUUUAAGGAGGACAGCGCCCAGCCCCUACGGGCAGAGAACCUUAUUACGGAAGUGUCGACAACCAAUCAACCAGCUGUGGCCGAAGCGGCGAGCCCAAACAGUUCAACAGAAUCGGAUAUAGCCAGUUUUGAUGCCAUCAAAUCGAAGGACGCAUGAUUCAAUUGAAUAAAUACCAAGUGACUCAAAUGUUUCUCAUACUUAUGAGAUGCUAGAGUUUAAUCUACAAAUACCAAGUGAUUCGAGUGUAUUCUUUAAAUACCAAGUGAUUCGAAUAUAUUUGAAACUUAUGAGAUACUAGAGCUC